AUGGUCUCUUUUACCAACGAGCAUCCGUUCAACCUGCGCAAGCGCGGCCCCGAGCCGGUCUGCAACGAGUGCGCUCGCUUCCACCCGAACGCGCUCACGUCGGCGAUCAACACGGUGCUGUUGCCAGGCACGUACCAGUGUACGCUCUGCCGCGACUGGACCUACUACCGUCGCCACCGCAAGCGCAAGCGCACCCGCGCCGACGCCCGCCUCGAUGCUCCUUCGGCAGACUCUCGCGGGGUGCUUUUGGAGCGCUGCUGGUGUGUCCCACUCGGCGACGCGGCCCUUGUCCAGGACGAGAAUGCGGUCGCAGCCCAAGACGACUGGAUGCAUCUGUCCGUGUGGGGGUCCAUCGACCACGUCGCGUCGUCCAAGACAAGCACCUUGGCCGUCGUCCAGAGCGCUCUCGCAAAGCAGCUGCCGCUCGCCGACGCUCCAGCUGGUGGCGCGCUCGUCGAUCGAUUCGUCCAGUGA